AUGCAUCCGAACCAGGUUAUCCAAAAGGCCACAGACCUUGUUACAAACAUCGGUGGCGUCAAGAAUGACAAAAACUGCUUCACCCAUUAUCUGACAAUCGCUAUCUUAGGAGGAUUGUUGUUUAUGUUAUCAAUCAUCCUUGCUGUGGUUUUGAUACUGCUACGGAAGAGACAAAAUGUAAUAAAAGAAACUGUUAUAAAGAAUCAACAUGGCCUCAGAGAAAGCUUGCCGUUGAAUGCUUUGAAUGUCGGUGCCCAGCUUAGCUUAGCGGCGGGAAGUAAGAGAAACCAAAGUGAGCUGUCUGUCAAACAGGAGGGUGUAUAUACCGCGCUGUGCUCAGAGUCAGUGAUGACCUCUGAUGACGAUGGGUCCCGAACGUACGCUUCCCUUGUGAAAUCAAAGGAUGAAGACAACGACAUUGAAUAUGAGAAUCAAAUAUCUGUUCUUGAGUAUAUUAAUGCUUAAGUGUAUUGUUCAUAAGACGGGUAGCGUUAAUCCGUAAAAGGCAGAGGUGAACGAAAUAUCGAUAGUGUGUGUCUUUGCAAAGCCAUAGAGGAAAACACAACAAUUUCCAUUGACAUUGGGAUAGUUUAAUAGUGGUUUGAGCAACCCUGUCCUUGAAAUAUGUUCUAUGUAGACGAAAAGUAAACUAUGCUUUUAGCUCGUCUAGGCAAUCUCAUCUGUUCACGCUAUCGCUUAAUUAGAGCUUGUCGCAGUCUCGCCAUUAAAAUGAAUAAAAUGUAAUAAUAACAAUGAUAAUAUUAGGUGAUUGAUUGUGAUCUAUUCUUACUGUACUACGUAGUUAAUCAUAAUUAAUUAUUUGAUAGGAUCAUGUGUGAAUUUUUUUCUCCACCAUUUUACAAACACUUAAGUAAAGGUGAUUGAUCUGUAUUUCUGUCUCUCGGUGAAUGUCAUAUUUCAGUAUCUCUUUAUCAAUUUUGUACUCAACCUUGCUCAGAGUUCUUACUUCAUGUGACUGACUUUGAUUGUAUGA